CCAUUGCAGACCUGACUGGCUGAUCCCUGAAGCACAUACAGUUCGUUUAGCAAACGCCCAGCAAGUCUUCGUCAAUCACUUGUGCCUGCUGGUGCCCCGCUGCAGCUCUGAAGUCGUCACUGCUGCUUGACCACCUGUGCCAGCUGCAGCUCCGCAGCCACAGACGUUGCAGCCAUGCCGCGAGCAACAACAACCGCGCUGCUGGCCUUUACAUUGGCGCCGGGCGUCGAGCCCUUCGUCGUUCCUACAGGGAGACGAAGGCCGCCGCUGCGUAUGGAAGCCGGCCCGGCCGAGCUCUGGAGCGGCUACCUCGCGGCGUUGGAAGCGGACCCGCUCCCCGUGAAGAUGGCCACGGCGGCGUGCGUCAUCGGCGCGGGCGACGCGACGGCGCAGCUCAUCGAGAACGAAAGAAAAAAGUUGCCGGACGCGGCGCGCGUCGCGCGCUGGGCCUUUUUUGGGUUGGUGCUCCAGGCGCCGUGGAACCACGUCUGGCAGAACGUGCUGGAAGGCGCGCUGCCGGCGACGGCCUCGCCCUGGACCGCCGUAACUUUCGAGAAGGUCGCGCUCGACCAGGGCCUCCAGGCGCCGGCCUUCACUGCAUUGGUAUUCUUCUUCUUCGCGGCGCUCGAGGGUGCGGGUUUACGGGGAGGCGUCGCCGCGUGCGAGCGGGACCUCGCGCCGACGAUUCUCAAAAAUUGGCUCGUAUUCGUCCCGGCGACGUUCAUCAAUCUAGGCUUCGUGCCGCUGGAACUGCGGGUCCUCUUCAUCAACGUGGUCUUCUUCUUCUGGGUCAUCUUCCUCUCGCUGCUCAUCAACAACGACGAGGCGAGUAAACAAGUCUAAAAAACA